CUUGUACCCCAGACUUGACUUACAGCAACCAAAACCCUCCCACUCUGUGACCGGUGAUUAAUACAGACAGGAAGCAUGUACGGCCUCUACCGCCGUAUAAGUUCCCUUCUCUCCAGUCUCCGAAGUCUGAACGAUAGGAGAAGAUGAUUGUGAUGUUCAUUCUCUACGCCACUGCUUAAUCAUGAUAUCAGAAGCAACUUCAGAUGCCUUCCCCUUUGUUGUCAAUUGUAAUGCCUUCCCCAAUUUGAUUUCCAAUUUGGUUUCUUGUUGGAAAAUAAUUGCUCUGGUUCUGCAAUAAAUUGCUUUAGUCUCAGUUUCCCCCUUUUCAUUAACCAAUAUUCGUUAGGGGUUGAAUCCAUCGAAUCAGUAAAAGUUAUACACCGUUGUGCUUGCUGUUAGUAUUGUUGUUGUUGUCCUUAUUAUUGUUAUUUUUACUUUCAUUGAGCUUUGAGGAGCUACCAGUAUUCUAUCUUUCUUCUAUUGUUAGUUAAAACUAAACACCACACAAUUUGAAAAAGAAAACUACAUCAGAGGAAGAAAUGUCAGUUCUGUGUGGUGCCCCACCAAUUCUUGAGUGUGUGUACUGUGUCGCCUGUGCCCGUUGGGCCUGGAAGCGGUGCCUCCAUAGUGCGGGCCAUGAAAGUGAAACAUGGACCCAUGCCACAUCAGAUGAAUUCGAACCCGUCCCUAGGCUUUGCAGGUACAUAUUAGCCGUGUAUGAGGAUGAUAUCAGAAAUCCUCAAUGGGAACCCCCUCGAGGCUAUGGAAUCAAUCCGGAUUGGGUGAUUCGGAAAAGAACGUAUGGGGAUAAUUGUGGCCGAGCGCCUCCUUAUAUUUUGUACCUCGAUCAUGAUCAUGAAGAUAUAGUCCUUGCUAUAAGAGGCCUUAAUUUGGCUAAGGAGAGUGACUAUGCGGUUUUGUUGGACAACAAGCUGGGUAAGAAGUCAUUUGAAGGUGGAUAUGUUCAUAACGGUUUGUUGAAAGCAGCUGGGUGGGUUUUGAGUGCAGAAAAUGAGAUGUUGAUGGACUUGGUUGAGAAAUACCCGAGUUAUACUCUGACUUUUACUGGACAUUCUCUGGGGUCAGGUGUGGCGGCAUUGUUGGCGAUAGUGGUGGUCAGGAACCGUGAUAGGUUGGGGAAUAUUGAGAAGAAAAGAGUCAGAUGCUUUGCCAUUGCUCCUACGAGAUGUAUGUCACUUAAUCUUGCCGUGGGGUAUUCAGAUGUGAUCAACUCUGUUGUGCUUCAGGAUGAUUUCUUACCUCGGACAGCAACCCCAUUGGAAGACAUCUUCAAGUCACUAUUUUGUUUGCCAUGUUUACUAUGUGCCCGGUGCUUGAGAGAUACAUGCAUAUCUGAAGAGAAGAAGCUUAAAGAUGAAAGGAGACUGUAUGCCCCUGGUCGACUCUAUCACAUUGUUGAGAGAAAACCUUUCAGGUGUGGCAGGUUUCCACCCACAGUGAGAACAGCAGUCCCUGUUGAUGGGAGAUUUGAACAUAUAGUCUUGUCGUGUAAUGCAACUUCUGAUCAUGCCAUUAUUUGGAUUGAGAGGGAAGCCCAAAGAGCACUGGAUUUAAUGAAAGAAAAGGAGGGGAUGAUGGAGAUUCCGGCAACACAGAAGAUGGAGAGGCAACAAUCACUGGCUAAAGAGCACAGUGACGAGUAUAAGGCUGCCCUAAAGAGGGCGGUCACGUUGGAAGUCCCUCAUGCCUUUUCACCCUCUGAGUAUGGAACUUUUGAUGAUGACAUCAAAUACUCUUCUUCAGCGGAAACAUCAAAGAAAAGCAAUUGGGGCAGGGAAACCUGGGAUGAAGUGAUAGAUCGUCUGUUUGUCAAGGACGAAGCAGGUCACAUCAUCUUGAAGAAGCCCCUUGUUAAAUAAUUGGUAAUUAUUUGUUUGUUGUAUAUAGUGUGAAACUCUGAGAUGAGUGUGAUUCUUUAAUUCUUGUAUUCAUUGUUCCAAAAGGUGGAAUCUCCCACCCCAGGAGCCCCCGACCCGACAGGAUGGUGGGGAGGUUAGUCACGGUGACUCAGUCAGCAGAAUGACAGUAAGCCCAUACACCCGUGCGCACCAGAGGCCCAGCCUUAUUUCAGGUUCCGUGACCUCCCAUCGGUCGCUGCGGGGAUUCGAACCUUGGUCCAUUGUUCCAAAUCUCCCACCACUCGACCAACUGAGCUACUCGUGCGGGUUGUAUUCAAGAAUGGUUAGAUGGCUUCAUGGCUCCUUCACCAUUGCCUGCAAAAUUUGUAAACUUAUCCAUCUAAUAAGUGGGAUGAUAUCAACACCAAGCCUAAUUAAUUAGAUAAAAUAAAGGCUUGUUUCUGUAAAAGAUGCAGCAUUAAAAAAAAUCAAAGAAUACAAUAUAUCACAUUUUUCUCAUAUAUAAUCACUCUAUAUUUUCUCUAAUGUCAC